UAUUUAUAGCGGAUAUAUUAAACAGAACGUCGAUUAGUUUUCUCAUUGCCGCAGUAAGAAUGUUGAGAGCAGUUUUAAUUUCUAUUUUAUUCAUUACGCAAAGUUUUGGAAGUAGUCUUUCGCUCAUGCCUAGAGUUCAUCCUCCAAAUAAAAAAGUAGGUGGACGAAUCAUUGGUGGCGACGAAGCAGCACCGCAUGCUUAUCCAUAUCAGGUUGGCCUUUCAAUCAAUGGGGGUAUGUCUUUCUGCGGUGGAAGUCUCGUGUCGAGGAAUUAUGUGCUCACCGCUGCCCACUGUGCUGUUGUAAUAUCUACGGUAGAAGUGAUACUAGGGGCUCACAACAUUACCAAACAAGAAACAACACAACUGAGAUUGAAUGGAGAAGAAAUUAAAAUUCAUGAGCAAUAUGAUGCCAACCUUCAUCGGAAUGAUAUUGCCUUGAUCAAACUCAACGAAUCUGUUUCUUUAACUUAUGCAGUCCAGAUAAUAAAAGUCCCGAACUUAUCCCAGGCUGAAAGAACAUAUGAGAAUAUGUUCUCAAUUGCAACCGGUUGGGGGUUGACAAGAGAUAAAGCUUCACCAACCAUCGAUGACAUGUCGGAUGUAUUACAAGUUCUGUCCGCCCCGAUAAUGAAUGUAGAUGUUUGUGGGGAGUACUACAAUGACGAAGAUACUAUAUUCAUCACGAAAUCCAAUUUAUGUACGUCUGGCUACAGAAACAAGGGGACGUGUAAAGGUGAUUCGGGUGGUCCCCUUGUGUACGAUGGUGUUUUGAUUGGAAUUUCAUCUAUUGGCUCUACAAGAUGUGAAGAAUGUUACCCUUCCAUAUAUACAAGUGUAGGUUCUUACCUUGACUGGAUUAAAAAUAAUUCAGAUGUAAAAAUUGUAAAUUGAAAAUGUUGACCCAAGUGGAAAAUUGAUUUUAUAUUCUAUUUUCAAGGAAAAUUAAUUUUAUUAAAGAAUUAAAAGAAA